AUGCUGAAGGGGAAGAAGGUGGCCCUGGCUCCCGCUAUGGUGAAGAAGCAGGAGGCCAAGAAGGUGGUCAACCCCCUUUUCGAGAAAAGGUCCAAGAAUUUUGGCAUUGGACAGGACGUCCAACCCAAAAGGGACCUCAACUGCUUUGUCAAAUGGCCCUGCUACAUCCACCUGCAGCAGCAAAUGGCUAUUCUCUAUAAGCGGCUGAAAGUGCCUCCUGCAAUUAACCAAUUCACCCAGGCCUUGGACCAACAAACAGCUACUCAACUACUUAAGCUGGCCCACAAGUACAGUCCAGAGACGAAGCAAGAGAAGGAGCAGAGGUUGCUGGCCCGAGAGGAGAAAACUUCCAGCAAGCUGCCCACCAAGAGGUCACCUGUCCUUCGAGCAGGGGUCAACACUGUCACCACCUUGGUGGAGAACAAGAAUGCUCAUCUGGUGGUAAUUGCUCAUGACAUGGAUCCCAUCAAGCUCAUGGUCUUCCUGCCCACACUGUGCCGAAAGAUGGGGGUUCCCUACUGCAUCAUCAAGGGGAAGGCCUGGCUGGGGCGCCUGGUCCACAGGAAGACCUGCACCAUUGCGGCCUUCGCACAAGUCAACUCGGAGGACAAGAGUGCCCUGGCUAAGCUGGUGGAAGCCAUCAGGACCAAUUACAAUGAUAGGUAUGACAAGAUCUGCCACCACUGGGGAGGCAAUGUCCUGAGGCUGAAGUCAGUGGCUCUCAUCACCAAGCUGGAAAAGGCGAAGGCCAAAGAGCUGGCCACCAAACUGGGCUGA